AUGAAGAAGUUGGAGCGACCAGCUAAUGGAAACUGGUUUGGGGAGGGUGAAAUUGUAGAUUCAGAUUUAUUGGUGGAUCUUCUCGAGACCUUCAGAUUUGGCAAAGAUAAUGUUCCCGCCGGAAAAAAUCGAUUAAAUGCGGCGGCAAAGGUGACACCGACGAUGGAGCAGCAACAGGACAACACAACCGAGAAGCAGGAUCAAGAGGAGGACAAUGAUGGAUCUCAAGGUCUCGUAGGGAACACGUCUGUUCAUGAAAGCUUAGGAUCGGUAUCUUCCAGUUCAGAUCCAAUAAUACCGGAUAGUAUGAGUGAAACCGGUUCACAUAAUGAACCCGUUUCAAACGAAGAAACCGGUUAUAAUUGGUUAGAGUCGAGCUCCACAAACUUACCUAAUGUAGAGAACGAAAGGCACCAGGACGCAGAGGAAGAUGAGAUAGUAGUAGAAGAAGAAGAAGAAGAAGAAUAUAAAGAAGACGAAGAAGAAAAAGACAAAGACAAAGAAGUAGAAGAAGAAAAAGACAAAGAAGAGGAAGAAGAGAAAGAGAAAAACAGCGAGAUAACAUCAUCUGAGUCAGAAGAAAAAUCAAACCUAGAGACAUUGCUUGCGACACAAGAAAAGUACGAGCUUUAUUGUCCAAGCUGUAGUUCUUGUAUCACCAGAAAAGUGAUUAUUAGGAAAAAGGAAGAUGGGAAGCUCGUUGAUUUCUAUGCGGAUCUGACAUCUUAUGAAUCAAGAAGCGACAUUGAGGUUGAACCACCGGUUAAGCCGCAUGCCCCUGACACUUUUAUCAAGAAUGAUGAUAAAGAAAAUACAAAGGACGGUUAUAUUUUUGCUUGCUUGACCUGUCUAAAGGACUACAUCAAAUUAGGAACUAAGUUCUUACAACGAGAGUAUGUAAUGGGAAAACAUGUUGAGGAGCCAGUUGAAGUACAUUUAGAGCCUGGGAAGAGUGGUAACACUAACACCACAGAAUCACCACCUCAAAAUAAACUGGACCGGGAAAGAUUCACCGUUGAGCUAUUGAAGAGCACCGUGUAUGGUGGUCUAACCGAGACUAUCACCAGCCUCGUCGUUGUAUCUUCCGCCUCUGCCUCUGGAUCUUCCACCGAGAAUAUAUUGGCUCUUGCGGUCGCAAACAUGGCCGGUGGUCUUGUUGUCCUUGCUCAAAACCUUCGAGAUCUAAGAAACCAUUCAGAUCAAGAGAAAGAUCGGUACAAUAAGUUGUUAGGGAGACGUGACAACAUUCGGAUGCAUGUGUUAGUAGCGGUCCUGUCUUACAUUUUCUUCGGCCUAAUUGCUCCUUUGGUUUACGCAUUUUCUUUCUACCAAACCGGAAUCAAGAACUACAAGCUUGUCUCGGUUUUCUCGGUUUCUCUGGUUUGUGCAAUCAUGCUCGGUAUGAUUAAGGUCUACGUCCGGAAACCGGUUAACGUACGUGCAUCGCCUAAACCUUAUCUCAAAUCUGCUGUUUAUUACACGUCUAUUGUUGUUUUCUCUUCUGGAGUUUCAUACAUUGUUGGAGAAAUUGUGGGAGAGUAUAUCCGGAAGAUGGGUUUGUUUAGUUUAUACCAGACCGGUUUGACUUCAGCAUUUGACGGAAUUCAACCAGAGGAAUACCGGUUUACUUCAUUCUAA